CCAUUGUAGAACAACAGCCAUGGCUCUGCGCUGCCCCACGGCCGUGGGCCUCAACAAGGGUCACAAGGUGACCAAGAACGUGGGCAAGCCGAGGCACAGUCGCCGCCGCGGGCGUCUCGCCAAACACACCAAGCUCGUGCGGGACAUGAUCCGGGAGGUGUGUGGCUUCGCCCCUCACGAGCGACGCGCCAUGGAGCUGCUCAAGGUCUCCAAGGACAAGCCGGCCCUCAAGUUCAUCAGGAAAAGGGUGGGAACACACAUCCGCGCAAAGAGGAAGAGAGAGGAGCUGAGCAACAUCUUGGCCGCCAUGAGGAAAGCGGCAGCCAAGAAGGACUGAGCCCUUCCCCUCUGUUCACAAUAAAUCUUGCCAAAAAAAAAAACAAA